GCCGCGGCGACGGCCCUGGAGCCGUGGCAGGCUGCGGCUCCGCGGAGGAGGCGCUCGGCUGCGCGGCGGCCGCGGCGAGGGGAGGCGGCAGCCCGAGACCCGGAGACCGAGCUCGAGGCGGACAGCGGAGUCGUGCUUCGCCGCAUCCGGGAGGCCGAGGGGGACCUGCUUGUCUCUGAUUUCUGGAGUUCAGCACUAGAUACCGUCAACAGAAGUCUUACAAAACAUCUGGAACAACUGAAGUGCCCUGUCAGGACUCUUUCCGAUGCCCUUGGAAACCUGCACCUGGGCUCGCCAGGUGCGUCAGACGCGGCCGCUGGCUCCAUCCCAGGAGAGACCCUGGUCACCAGACCACGCCACUUGAAGUGUGUGUGCUAUGGCAUUGGGAACUUUGCCACCUGCGUCAUAGCUAGAACCCAGCUCGCAUUUUUGCUUCUCUUCUUGGAAAAGUGCCAGAUCCCCAGAAGUCACUGCUGGGUGUAUGACCCUCUGUUUAGCCAACUUGAAAUUGCUGUUCUUAACACCCUGGGUGUGGUCGUUCUCAGUGAGAAUGAAGAAGGGAAGCGGAGCACCUGUGGGGAGCCCACCAUCUUUUACAUGCUGCACUGCGGGACGGCCUUGUACAACAACCUUUUGUGGAGCAACUGGUCAGUGGAUGCCCUUUCCCAGAUGGUCAUCAUCGGGAACAGUUUCAGAGGACUGGAGGAAAGAUUGUUGGCAAGAAUUCUGCAGAAAAAUUAUCCCUAUGUUGCAAAGAUUUUAAAGGGAAUGGAGGAGCUUGAGUUUCCUCAGACUUCACAGUUCAUGGAUGUAUUUAAUGACACUUCCAUCCACUGGUUCCCCACACAAAAGCUAGAACAGUUCUCCCCGGAUAUUUGGGCAUCUCGGGAAGAACCAGAUUACCAGGACUGUGAGAACCUUGAAAUCAUCAGGAACAAGGACAGCUGCUGAAGGGGACUUGCUG